AUGGAACCCCUCUCCCCACCCCCAGCCCUAACCCACCUCUUCACGCUCCGCUGCGCCGUCGACCCACCGCUCGAGAUCGGCAAGGGACCGUACGGCCGUCGACGCUGCGUGCCCAUCAAGUCCGGGACCGUGAGGGGGAAGUAUCUCGUGGGGGAGGUUGUUCCGGGAGGAGCGGAUUUCAUGUAUAACCCCCACUACCCAUACUUGCUCGUUGAAGAGAACCAGACGACGCAUGUGAAUACGAACUAUGUGAUUAAGAGUGAGGAUGGGGCGUAUAUCUAUGUUAGGUGGAACGGAAGGCACCCGGUCCGGACCCCCGAAGUCCUCAAGGCAUUGAUGGAAGGCGAUGGUGUUGAUCCGGCGAGUUACUGGUUCCAUUUGCAUAUUAAGCUGGAGACUGGACAUGAGAAGUACCGGUGGAUGACGAAUCGGGUGAUUGUGGGACGGGCGACGAGGGCAAAGGGGGAGGUUGCGUAUGAUGCGUAUUUCUUGGAGAAUUUGGCAUAG